CACUCCAAGGUUCACCACACCUGUAUAUAUAUGUGCAGAAGUUUGGGGUUUGUAUCAGUCACCUUUCUGGAUUAAACAUGAAGGUGUUCGUUUGUCUUUUAGUUGUGGCAGUCGCCAGCUACGCCCAAGCCGGCUUCCUUAGCGGAGGCGGUGGUUAUGGAGGUGGCGGUGGCUACGGAGGCGGCGGCGGCUGGAAAUCCAGCGGCGGAUGGAUCGGAGGCGGUGGCUACGGAGGCGGCGGCGGAUUCGGCGGCGGUGGCUACGGUGGUGGCUGGAAAUCCGGCGGUGGCGGAUUCGGCGGCGGUGGUUACGGCGGCGGCUGGAAAUCCGGCGGCGGUGGAUUCGGUGGCGGAAGCUACGGCGGUGGAUACGGAGGCGGCGGCGGCUUCGGCGGCGGUUCCGUGAAAAUCAUCAAAGUCAUCGUCCCAAGCGGCGGCGGCGGCGGAUACGGAGGCGGUGGCUACGGAGGUGGCUGGAAAUCCGGCGGUGGCGGCGGCUUCGGCGGUGGAUACGGCGGCGGCUACGGCGGCGGAUACGGAGGCGGAUGGAAAUCCGGAGGUGGUGGUGGAUGGUGGUAAAUCCAUUCAAGCUCCAACUCGAUACACAUAGAUCCGUGAUAAUAUGUUUAGAAUCCAUUUUCAAAAUUUCAUCUGUAUAUAAGUCUCCCCUCCCUCUCUGUAUAUUUUGUAAAUUAUCAUCUUUGUAAAAUAUACUUUUUUACUUUAA